AUGUUCCUCCAUUCGGGCGCUAGCCUGCAUGGGCACGAAUACUCUAACAAACCUACAAAUGCUCCUCAGCCUGCGCGACGACGAAUCCUCCUGCGCUCGUCGCUUGGCGCAUCCCCUCUGCCGCGUACGUCCAUCUCCAACGACGACACCGACAACCGCACAACCCGACCCAACCGCCGCCUGUCACUCCAGAACCCUGUGCCAGCCCCUCGCCCAAGCGUACGCAGGAAUCGCCCUGUCUCGGAUUAUUUCCCGCGCAAGGACCUGACAGUACGUUUUGAAGAGCAGCCUACGGUUGUAGGCGAGGAAUCACAGGUCGGCCUGGACGGCGUUAGCGAGGAUGAGGGCAGCUUGGUAUCAGAGGUCAGCGACAGCAGCACCGUCAAGCGGUCGAAGAGGUCGCGUCGCGCUGCGAGACAAGGCACCAACUACCUCCUGGCAUACCCUCCGCCGAAGCUUCGCACAAAACAGCGUCGCUUCGUGCACCUACGACCUCGACUCCUGCUCCAGCUCCAGCAGCUUUCGAGCGACAGACGGCCGAUGCCUGCGAUCGACGUUCUUCCUUCAAGCACGAUUGCCGGAACCUUUAUGGUCCCUCGUCUCGCUCGGCAAUUUCCCAAGAUGUUUAGAGUAAAGGGCCAGCUGGGCAUGAACGGUCUCAUUUUGGCGAAGAGUGAGGAUUACGACACUCCGGGCGACGAUUCGGACGGAGAUGAGAAGGAUCUGGACAAGCGUGACUUGGUUGCCGUCAUCACUCCGCUGAGCGACCGCAGGGAAGGCGAGCGGAGGGAAUCCGCCGAUCAGGCCGAGAUUGUCUUGAGCGACGGCGCGGUAUGGACGGCUAUUCCCACCAGUAACGGUUCCUACGACUUUGUUCACGUCGAUGAGACUGGCCAAACAACCACGGCCCGAUGGGCAAAGAGGUCGGCGAGGCCGCUUUCGACCGCGACAUGUGCCGCCGCGACAACGGCAACCGCGGCGUCGGCCGACUACAAGUUCACCUUCAGCAUUCUCGACCCCCAACUGCGAAGGCACCCGGUGAUGGCGACUUUGACUCCUGCCAACCUCGAAAUCCUCGACAGUUACACGACCGUCACGCAGUCUGCUGGUCGAUACCCCCCUACUCGUCCGUUCAGCAUGGACAUGAGUGGCGACAACGAGCCAUCACAAUCACCCCAGUUGGCGCUGUCGAGCACCGAACGGGAGACGCAUCCUGUCGAUGAAGCCACCAGAUUGCUCAUCACCAUCACCUCUGUAUGGGUAUCGUUGCGUCACGGCCAAGGCUGGGCGGCAGCGUCGGGUACCAACGCGACAAAUACUCGUCCUGCCCACUCCCGUACCAUGAGCAAUGUCACCGAGCGAGCGCGAGCUUCAACCUUCCCCGUCAUGUCUUCGGAACUCUGCCGACCCAGCUCGCCGCCUCUGGCGCAGCAGCAGGUUAUGGCCCAGCUGGCGCCUGUCAUGCCUAAGAGGACGUUCUCAUCCGGCGCUGCGUUUAUGCAUAGGCGGCAAACGAAGAUGGGCGGCGAAUCAGUCACAGCCGGCAACGCCAUGGAGGCGGACGACCUGGACGGUCUCAAGAAAGCACCCGAACCUAUUGUUUUGAAGAGGAGUUUUGUUAGGAAGAUUCGCGAUUGGGGACAUCGUAUCUCUCAACGCAGGGCGAUUGCAGCAUAA